AUGGAGAGCCUCGUAGAUAAAGAGAAUCGCCUGGUGGUUGCGCAGACUUUUGCUCUUGCUUCAGACGCUGCAACCAACUCGAAGGCGAAUCGAGCUCUCAUGCAGGGUCUUGUGGAUUCGUUCGCAGAGGACAGAGCUGAUCAGAAGAAGGAAAAGGACAAGAAGUCCAGGGAGCAGGUCGUCUUGAAGGCGCUGGCGUUUGAUGAGACCAAAACAAAUCAAGACAGCGGGGAGCCAGAAGCUUUCUGGCAGACGAUCUAUCGCAACUAUCUCGGGCAGCGUAUAAGGGGCACUGGUGAAUGGAUUUUUAGCGAUCACACAUAUGUUACAUGGGAGAAGGGACAGUCCAGUCGACCUAUCCUGGCUAUUGCGGGUGGUGAAGGAACUGGAAAGAGCGUCCUCACAUCCACUAUCAUCAAGCAUCUCAAUCAGAGGAAAACCACAAAGAGCUCCGACCGUAGGAUCACCACGGGUUAUUAUUUUCUGGAAGGGAAUUCUCGCGAUGAGCUAAGAAAUGCAACCAACCUUGAGACGGUUGCAAAGUCACUCGUUUGGCAGUUCAGUCAGUCUGAGAGGAUCUAUCUCAAGUCCGUCGCUCAAAUCUGUGAACACUACGGAGAGAUCGACCCGGCAGAGAUCUCAAAGCACCUGAUCCUUGGUAACAGGGAUCUGCGCCAACUUGAACAUCACUUUUUAUAUUGUCAUUGA